UGGAACAACAUGAAUGUACACUUACUUAUCUUUAGUGUAUUCAUACUCGGGGUAAAGGGACUUCUAAUUAACCUAAACCAGACUCAUCAUCCAAGUGUUUCAGAGAGAUUAGAUGCACUGGAAAAGCAACUAGCAGAGGAGAAGAGGCAAAGGUAUCUGCUUCAAAUGAAAUACGAUCAAGAAAUCGAAUACAUGAAUUCAACAGACCAAAAACUGCUCCAAGUUUACAAAACAGCUCUGAAACAAUUCCAAGAUAUUUCAAUCCAAAUUAAGGGUGCUUCGUUGAGCAUUAAUAAACAAGACCACAGGCACAGUCUGGAAAUACAAGAAAUGCUAGGAAAACUGAGAGAAGUACAGACAUCAUUGAGUGCUUUUGCCUCAAACCAGUUUGAAAUAGCCAACCUUCAUCGACAUUUCCAAGAAAACGAAAAUGUUUUGACUAGCAUGUUAGACAUUCUUAAACAUAAUGAAACUACAAAUAACGAGGCAUUAAUCAAAAUGAAGUCAAAUCUAUCCAGUCUCGCAAACAGCAUAAGGACAUUAGAAUAUACCGUGAAUGCAAACACAGAUAAACAGAUCCGCUUACAAACAGAGCUCUAG